CUGCUCUCUCUCACUCUCUCUCGCUCUAUCUCUGUUUCUCUCGCGACGGAAACGGCCGUGUUGUGUGGAAUCGAUGGUGUGCUCCCGGAGUGGCGGCUCGUCCUGCGAUGCCCCGUUUUCGUCGAGAGGCAGGUUAAGUCGCCGUUGGCGCGAAAAACAUCCCGGCCGAUGACUGAAGGCAACGUCGCGGUGCUGCGCUCAAGAAAGAGAGAGAGAGAGAGAGAGCGAGACUAUCGUAUUCCGGAGCGGGCCUCGUCGGUCCGCUUUUAUCGUGCGAGGAAUGCCGUCUAUUCAACGUGGAAUGCAGUUUUCGCGGAAAAAUAUCCGACGACUUGCACUACAAAAUACCGUUGGACAAAAUCAAAGUUCCCCGUGGGCAGAAUUCACAGGCAUUUGAAAAACAGAACCACCAGUCAUGGUCGAGUGGGCGCUACUGCGGCGGUGUACAGCGCGGCCAUUUUGGAAUACCUUACAGCCGAGGUCUUGGAGUUGGCGGGAAAUGCGUCAAAAGAUCUGAAAGUCAAACGUAUUACACCUAGACAUUUGCAACUUGCCAUUCGUGGUGAUGAAGAAUUAGAUAGUCUCAUUAAGGCAACUAUUGCAGGAGGAGGUGUCAUUCCACAUAUCCAUAAAUCGCUGAUCGGCAAGAAGGGUUCGCAGAAGCCAGCAUAAUUUACAGUAACAGUUAUUACAAAAUUACAAUUGACGUACAUCUCGAGAUCCAUGGGUGAACGGGAAGAGUGGAGAGCGAGCGGUCGAGUGAUCGUUGACAAAGUGUACCUACAUUACUGAAUCGAUGGCAGAACUGGCGUGAUAUAUAUAUAGAUUCAUAUAAAUAUAUAUAGAUAUAUAGAUAUAUAAAUAAAGCAGAUAUUGAUAUAAUUUAAUAUAGGUAAAGAGAUGAAAAAAAAUGAAUGAAAAGAUAAAAUAACAUCAUACAAUUGACAAACUGAAAAGACGACGAAAGAAAGUUGGAGGGUGAGUGAGAGAAAAAGAAAGAGGGUGAAGUCCAUUUUAGAAGAAGGAGAGUAGUAAAAAUUGUAGUAUGUCGCGAGCGAUGCGUUAUAGCAUGGCUUGCUUUGGGAGGUAGUAGUCUUUGGUACAGUUUGCAAUUGACGAACACUGUGGAAACCGCUGAGGUACCUGAAGGCACGUGGCAAAGUGUCUUCGAUCAAUCACAUCUUGAUACGACACACACCGACGACGAAAUUUAUCAAUUCCUCUGUAUCGAAAUCGCCAUCACCUUGAGUUUGUUCGUCUUACCGUUCUCAAACCGCGCCACGUUGAAAGCGUGACCUCUUUUCUUAUUAUUACUAUUAUUAUUAUUAUUAUUAUUGUAUCUACUCACGAGCGAUAAUUGUUCCACGACACACGAUACGAUACGCGCGCAUGACGUUCGUUCAUUUCACGACUAUUCUCUUAUUAUGAGUUGCAGUAUGUUUUAAAUAUGUUGCACACGUUUUGUAUCUUAGCGUGCGGUGAGUUUCGAGAGCACAUACGUUUUUUUUUUCCCUUUCAUUAAACACAGUAAAUAUUUCUUUAUCGUCGGAUUCGUCAGAGCGAUAAAACAACAAAAUAAUUGUGAACGGAGCGACAUUUACCUUUGUAAUUUGCUGCGUUACUUUUCGAGUGACCACUCGGCCAAACGUGUACGGUAUAUGUAGAAGUGAACGAUCAAGUUUCCAGUCUUCUCGAUCUGCUGCUAGUUAGGUACAUCAUCGAUCUCUUUGCACAUUAUAACGAGUUCCGAGAUAUUUUGCGCUUCUCACCUGUUAGAAUCACUAUCGUAAUUGUAUGGAGAGAUUUGAUAAGAGCUUGGAAAUUUGAAAGAGUAACUAUUAAUUACGACUGUAUAUAGCGUUUCUAAUUGAAUGUAGAAAAUUACAUGUCAGCGAGCAUUGUGUUUCACAAACUUUCGAGAAUUAUAGAACGGGGCUUUCGUUCCGGCGAAGCCGAAGUGUUAAGUUUUGUUUGCAGAAUCGGACUUCCGGCUUCGAUUGUUAUAAAAUAAUACGAGGUAGUAAUAGAGACAGUUUAUGUGAAACGUCUGGAAAGUUCUUCAUUGGCGUAUGUGCGAAAGAACGUGUCAAAUUUUUUUUUAAUUUUCGCUCCGAUCAUUUUUCUUUUAUUUUAAUGUUUGUCAGUUCUUCGUUAUCUGUACGAUUUAACAUAAUUUUUACUGUAUGCCUACGGUUUUGCACCGUAUGUUAAACAUCAGCCAUAUGUAAAGCGUUCAUUUUCAUAAUAAUAAAGAUAAAUUUUAUUACGAAA